UAUCUUGGUGCCAAGCGAUGGGUGUUGGCACUAGGCGAGUUGGAAAGGAAUAACAAAACGUGUAACCUGAGUUUACUUGACAAUUUAAUCGAUCCUCGAAAAAGAUUCGUCUACGAGGAAGACUUAAAAUUGAUCCUGCGAGAGACUCUAGCAUUUGUAGUUCACUGGGGAGGUGCCAAUCUGGAACGACGAAGACAGCGCAACAAAGCUUUGCGAGGGUUGGAUAAUCUACAGCGUAUCGCAUUGCAAGCCAAAAGGCACGGUAACGAUGAUGCCUUUCGAUUGGCCAUCGUGUGUGAGCUGGUUCUCUUAGACGGUCAUGACAUUGCCUACGAAGGCGCCGUCUUGCAAAGAUACUGCGAGCUCGUGUUGGAACUUGCAAUGGCAGUGACAUUCCGCUGGCGCAGUUCUGAUGCACAACAAAGGCAGCGGCUGAUAUUCACAGAACGCGAUCUUCCCGUCAACGAUUCUACGGCCAUCGUCGUUCGAUUCGCGGAUUCAGUUUUUCAGACCUUUGACAGAACCAUGCUCAUUCAAACGCUAUUACCGACCUUGGUGCACGCAAGGCAAGGGAUACCCAUCGAUGUGCCAGUGGUAGCCUCCAGUCCGCGAGCGUGGGUUCCUCGAGAAAGCCUUUGGGGCGAAUUUGAGGAUGAGGUACCCAUCUCUGCACCAACGUUCUGGGUCGAAGAGCAACUCGACAAAGCGGCAAUGCUAGUGCCGGGAUUGGUGCAUGUUUUAAGGGAUCAGACGAUCGACCGGAUGGAAGAAAACCGUACCUAUGUGCAACUCGCGAGACUAGACCACAACCACGGCGGCCGAGAAGAUUGCAUACUUUUGGUCGGACAGCGAGAUUCGUGGGUCGUUGUGGAUCCUCUGUCGACCGAGGAAGAGGACGUUCCCCAGUCCAAAGGGUUGCUACUUAUUGGGGUCAUCAGAGCACCACAGGGGGUCACUUGCCAUAUCGACAGAGGCUUUGCACUCAUGACAUGGAUUCGAGAGGUGUUCGUUCACGGCAUGUCCCUACAAGGUGUAACUUUCCAAGGGGAAUCUGAUAAAAUUAGAUGCACCUUAGAGCAUCACUUCAAGUGCAUCUUUCACUAACGAAGAAAAAAAAAAGAAGGCUAUGAUACCUUCCUCGGCCCGUAGAGAAGGAGAAAAAGAAAGAAAAAUAAACGACAAAGAUAACCAACAUGUAAACCAAAAAAAUAACCCGUUUAUUAUCGGCGACGUCAACAAGCGACGAAUGCGCGGUCAUGAUUGCCACCACAUUAUUGACCGUAUCGUUUCUCCGAGUGUACUUCCAAGGACCUACGACCCAUUGGGGAAUACAGUGCGUCGACUUCGAUCAAACGGUGGAUCGAAGACAAUCAGUGUCAUUUGAUCAAACCUACCCACUACCAAAACUCGUCUGUGCAUCAUCCAAUCGGCGAUGUUAUGCAAGCGAUGCGGCCCAUGCCAUCGUGGCCGAGACAAUAAUCGUAGACGGUCGUCGUAUCCCAUUGCGAUACUGGCCUUCCGUCGACAGCAUUCCCGGGGACGGACGGUGGCCAUUCUGUUUCGGGAAACGUGGUGCUCGUUACGGAGGUGUUAACGUCACGGCAACGUGCGGCCGCCACUCUGAAUGUCUAGACGUUUGUUUUGCAGACGACGACAUCUCACCUCCAAUGCUCGUGUGGUGUCAUAAUUCUACGGUGAAAACGCCGGUGCAAUGGGAGACAGGUACCCGAGAUGCAGGAUGCAAGCCGUGGGCGAAUGGACCCCCUCGAAACGAAAGCAUGGAUGUGAUCGAAUUAGACUCACCACUGUUGAUCAAUCGUGCAUCUGGUACCAACGUGAUUGCACGACAUGCGAGUCAGUGGAUCGUACGUCGGAACGAAGGGAUCUGUCUCGCUCCAGUGAAGUGGUCGGAUGGAUCUUGCCACGUUUUAGUCCACGGGAUAUGUUACCAAUACGAUGGCGAGGCCAGUGUCCGAUGCGUGGAUCUCGUUCCCUUUCCACCUGGAUCGGUUGUGGCAUUGACCUGGCGUCCCCGGCUGGUGAGAACGUCGUUGCAGCCUCUAGAAGUUGACACGACCGACAUCUACUGUCUAGAAUUGAGCAAUCACGAUCCGGCAAGGUUCUUAGUAUGCUUGGAGAAACUUGGUCCUCUCGCAAGAAGGGGAAUGGUAUCUCUGUCGCCCUUCGUCUUUUACGGUCGACCUUCGACGGUUUUCAUUCGCGUUGCGCCUACUAGGCGACACGGCAACGAGCAAAGAUGGGACUUUACAGGAUGGACGGGCGUCGCCAUCACCUUUGCUUUGGGACUGAUUGCUUGGAAAGUGAUAACCAUUGCAGCUUUGCACAUUUCCUCGCAGGUGUGUUUUGUCGAACGGUGUAUCACAGAGGUAGUCCGACAAUUAGGGUUGAAUUAUUAA